UUGUGGGACUCGUGCCUGUGCGGGAUCCAGGACCGACUGAGGGGCGCGGGGACUCUGGGGGAGGAGACGGCAGCGGCAUGGCGGCCGAGCGUAAGGCUCUCAAGUCUCCUCUGCCCCGCUGUCGCCGUCGUCGCCGCUGGGGUCGCUGGGACCCUGUGGUCUGCGCGUGUUAGUGGUGAGUUCGCCGCCCGCCCUCAGCCCUCCGCCCCACCGGCCUCCUUCCUUCCGCUGCCACCGCCAGCCCGAGGGUCGGCUGACGGGAUAGCGCCUCGCACCCCCCGCCAGCCCGCGGGGACCAUGGAGGACGUGAAGCUGGAGUUCCCCUCCCUUCCACAGUGCAAAGACGACGCCGAGGAGUGGACCUACCCUAUGAGACGAGAGAUGCAGGAAAUUUUACCUGGAUUGUUCUUAGGCCCAUAUUCUUCUGCUAUGAAAAGCAAGCUACCUAUACUACAGAAACAUGGAAUAACUCAUAUAAUAUGCAUACGACAAAAUAUUGAAGCAAACUUUAUUAAACCAAAUUUUCAACAAUUAUUUAGAUAUUUAGUAUUAGACAUUGCAGAUAAUCCAGUUGAAAAUAUAAUACGAUUUUUCCCUAUGACUAAAGAAUUUAUUGAUGAGAGCUUACAAACUGGAGGAAAAGUUCUUGUGCAUGGAAAUGCAGGGAUUUCCAGAAGUGCUGCCUUUGUUAUUGCAUACAUUAUGGAGACGUUUGGGAUGAAGUACAGAGAUGCAUUUGCUUAUGUUCAAGAAAGAAGAUUUUGUAUUAAUCCUAAUGUUGGAUUUGUCCAUCAACUGCAGGAAUAUGAAGCCAUCUACCUAGCAAAAUUGACAAUACAGAUGAUGUCACCACUCCAGAUAGAAAGGUCAUUAUCUGUUCAUUCUGGAACCACAGGCAGUUUGAAGAGAACACAUGAUGAGGAUGACGACUUGGGAAACAUGCAAGUGGCAACUGCACAGAAUGGCUGACUGAAGAGCAAAAUUACAGAGUGUGAAUUUCUAUUUGGAAAGGAGAAAAUACCAGAGACAAUAAUAAUGUAAAAUGGUAAAAACACAAGUAGUUUUUUUUCAAUUAUCUGUUGCUUCCAGACACAUUUCUCAGCAACUUGUUGAGCAACAUUUUAAGAUGUUGGACUCCUGCAAUAGAUGGCACUGAGGGUUUUACUCCUUUGGUUUUUUUUUUGUUUGUUUGUUUUUUUUAAGAAAAACACUUUACAAGUUUUAUUAUAAACCAAGAAUUUUGGACUUUCAAAGAGGUAUUAUUGCAAUAAUGCACUUUUCAUACUUGAAAUUUAUUUGUAUGAUAUAAAGUUAUUACUUUAAACAAAAUGCAAGUUAGGGGGGAUUUGUUUAUAAAGUUUGGGUAAUUUAUACCAAGAAUUUCCUAAGGUUUGCUAAAAAUUCACUUUUUGUUCUGUGUAUUACAUUUUAAAAAUAAUUUUACAGUUCAGUUUUAUGAUGGAACCUCUUACAGAAACAUUAACAAAAUGCAGGAAUCUGCCACAUUUCUUUUGUAGUGUAAGUUAAUAUCUUAAUUAUCAUUUUGUUUUUUAAUUUCUUGAUCCCUUGAUGAUCUUUAAAUCAUGACACUAGGAAACUGUCUCUACUUUAACAUGGUCUUAAUUACUGCUUCCUUUCCUAUUACUUUCCUAGUUUGUUUAUUCUAUGGAGAAAAACAACAGUGUUUUAAUGAUAAAAGGAACGUGUUUUGCUUUAUAGUACCAAGUGCUUAAAAACAAGAGUAGUGUUCAAUUUUCAAGUGACUUUCCUGUUUGGUUUUUUUCUUUGUGGUAAAAGCCAAAUGUUGUAUUUGUUCUUUUCAGUGUUGCCCAGCUUUUUCUUCUUUUGUCAAAAAUGAUUCUGAAUAGAAUAUAUUAAACCAAUGUAGCACUAAUUUUUUUCUAAAUGAAGCCCAAAAAAGAAGUGCCUUGCAUCAUUAAAAAAAAAAAAAAUCAAAUCUUCAUGACCUCUAAAUUAGUAUGUAGAAAAGAUCUUAAUAUUUUUCUGUAAUUUUUUUCAAACCAACCAUAAAUUAGUUUAAACAAAGAAGAAACUUGAAGAAACUUUAGUAAAUUAUUUGCAAUAUGGAACACAUUUACUCAUUUUUUUGCUGUCUUAGUGACUCUGUGAGAUUGUUCCAAGGGAGAUACCAGCUUUUCUUUGAAGAUGCAUUUAUUGAGGAAAGUGAUUUGUGGGAGACUCCUGUGUACUUUAAAUUAGCAUUUUAAUCAGUUCUUUGUGUUCAGUUAGUCCAAACUUCCCCCAUACUUACUUUGAGUGAAGUCACUGUAUGGAUUUUUGGUUCUCCCAUGUUUUUAUUUAUAUGUAUAACAAUUAUUCUAAGAAAAACAUUUUUGCUAUUUUAAGUAUGAUGUGAGGGACGAGAAGAAUGUUUUUUAACUUUUAUAGUUGAUGACUUUAGGGUAGCACAAAUACAACUCCUUUGUAUCUCCCUUUUCUCCGGCUUCUCUCAAGGUGCUUUACUGAUGGGAGUGAUUGUAGUACAUUCCCCGGUAUCAGAGGCACUAUGCAGAGUAACCUGUUACACCAAGUUGCUCCCUGUGAUGUAAUACUACAGUAAAAGCUUUUUUAUCCAACCUAGUGGGAGAGUAGGACUGAAUUAAAAUUACUGUUAAGUAAGAGUUAAUUCCUUUGACCCAGGUAGUGGUAGUCUUCUGAUCUCUCUCUCCCCUUCCUUCUCUUAUCUUACCACCCUGAAAACAACCAUUAAUCCCAUUGUGGUCCAGUAUUCUGUUGUGUCUGAUUAGAGCAUUUCGUGUACAGUGGUGUAGUGAAGGAUUUGCUUUGGGUAUUCAAAAAUUCCAGUUGAUAAAGUUACCAUAUAACACAGCUUCCCUGUAUACAGAUCACUAUUGGAUAGGCCAGCAAAGUCUCUUAUAAUCUAACAGUAAUCUAUGGUGCUUCAUUCAGCAUAAACUCUGCUCAAAACAGUAGCCCUAAUAGUGAAUUUAUGUUUUAAAAAUGAGGAAAUUAAGAGUUUGUUAGUUUCAUAAACAUAUCUUCUUAUAUGGUCAAAAAUACAUCUUUGGUUACUAGUACUCCUUCAUGGCUGAUAAUUUCCACCUUUUCUAACCACUAUAAUUGUUAUGUUGUCACAGAAGUGCCUGCCCAGCACUGUAUAUUAAAGAUAACCUCUCACAAACACUAGAAAGGAGAACUGUCGUCAUCUUGAAAACCGUUAUCAAUGUGGAUAAAGCACGAGGUUCAUUCCACGUUUCAGAACGUGGCGAGUUUGUUUCCUGGAACCUGUUUGUCUACCUGAUGUUCAACUAGUUCUUCUACGAUUCCUUUCUUUCCAUUGAUGUUUUGUGUUAGAUAACCAUGGUAACUUUAACCAAUCAUGAAUUAUUUUCUAGAGUAUUUGAAUAAUGUGAGUGACCACCCAAUUUUAACUUUGUAAUCUGGGCAUGAAAUUUAAAGUGGAAUUACAUCAAAACAGAGGGAAACUGCAUUACUGUCCUUUUUGAAAGUAUGGAAACUUAAAUAUUGAAAAUGUUGAAACUGGAAUGGCAGUGUUCUUACCUUCUGAUUUAAUUGGUUCAUGUUAAUUUCUUAUCUAUUAGAUGUUUAAGUAGCAGUUAACCUUUGUUUUUUUCUAUCUAUGGUAGAAAUGUUAAACUGUGAUAGCUUUUGCUCCCACCUCUCAACCACUUAACUUUUAGAGCAGAAUAUUCAUUUUGGGAGGAUUCUGUGUUUCAUUUGAAUUUACAAGUAAUGUCAGAAAAUGUUAAGCAUGUCCUUUUAAAAAUAUAUAUAAGGUUUCUAAUUGUCUUAUUACUAUGGUAAUUCAAGUGAAUUAGAAAUAUUUAACUGCAGUCUUGAAUUAUAAGUUGAGAUGUACAUAUCAGAAUCUCAACUUGAUGUAAAGUAAAUGAGCAGUUACCUGGCGGAUUUUUUUUAAUAACUGGUUCAGUCCAUGAUCCUACAGCAGACAUAGUUUCACUUCAGUGUUUACUUUCUUUGUCCAUACAACAAUGGUCUAAUAAGGAAAUGACAGGAAAUAGCUGAGAAUUACUAUAAGGUUUUAUUUUAUUUUUUAAUUGAUUAGAAAAAUGUUUCUAGAUCUUUGAAUGCUGGAUAUUUUUUCUUUGUCUUUCCCAUCUGUGGCAGCUAAAAAAAAAAAAAAAUCACUCAACAUUCAGGUUUACAUGUUAGCUCUCUCCUAGGGAGUCGCCAUACCUCACAGUUCAAAGUGUAUUCUACAGAUCAGUGACAUUAUACUAACAUGUAAUUGCAGUUUACUAUGCAGCAAAAAUGAUUCAAGAAGAAAAAUAACCUAUAGUGUCUAUUUACCUUUGUAUAGGCAAUUGCUUAAGUUACUCUGCUUUUAACAUUUGUACUUGGAUAAAAUGCUUAUGUAUGUAUAGGAAUGUCACAGUGCAAGAUGCUGCUAGCCCAGGCACAAAGUAUUAAAAUUAUUUUGUGAAGAUUGGUGGUUGUAUUAAAACUGUUGUGCCAUUAUACCUC